UCCUCGCGUUCGUUUUUUCCUCGUUCCCCAGGGAACAGACUUGUUCUCAUCGUUGCUUUUUUCUUGCAGCUGGAGAACCAUGUACGGAACAUCAACGCGGAAACGCUGACGCUCGCGAAUUAUCCAGUGGACCUUCAGCCGGGGGGACUUCCGCUGUGGAACGUCUUGGAUUAUCUGCCCAUUACCGACCCGCAUGCUGUCAUAGAAGUCGAGAGGUUCCAGGGUUCCAGCGCAAAGGAUGGGCCGCAACCGCAAACCAGGGUAAGAAUCUAUGAGAAGAUGACGCAAAAUUUACUUUUGUUGAUUCGUUCGCCGAGGGUAACUGAAUCCGUGAUUUCUUUAGGAAGCAUGAUUCGAAUGGCAUGACAUGACACACACACACACAGUUGGUUCUCAUGCCCACAGCGGAGUUAGGCUCGGAAAAGAAGGCAUUCGACCCAGAUCAUUUCUGUUGCAAGGAGAAGGAGGACACCUGCACUACUGCGAGCAAGGUUUUGUACGAGCAGGAUCCGAACCGGUUUGGUCUGGUGUUCAACACAACAACAGAAGAGCACAUGCGACGUGGCACCUCUGAGGCAAAGGUAUGCGCUUCUUCCCUUUGCUGGUGGUCAAAUCGAAGAACUUUACGCCGGAGCUUGGUGUGAGUAAUUAUUCUUACUAGGGCAGCUCCUGCUUAGUCAGCAUGAGCCACGCUCCCUAAAUUUAUUCUGCGGCGACUUAUAGGAACGAAGUUUUUGUAAACCUAAACAAGUUCUUCGGCUCUUCACAGGCACUUCUGAAACCCGAGCACCUUGGCUCGCUAGCGCGGACUGGAUACUUCUUGGCCAUUGUGAACUGUUCCCCAGCCAACGACGGGAGUCUAACGGUGAACGCCAAAUUGCGCGUCAAGCACGGGCACGGCUACCUGUCUUCUGCCGGCAUGACGAUGAUCGGGAUGUUCUCCAUUUUCACGGUGGUUUUCCUCGGUCUGGCGGUGUACUUGCUGUGCGCCUACAAGACGUGGGCGUUCGUGCACCAGGCAGCGUUCGCAAUCUGCGCACUGUCCGCCUGUUCGAAUUUUUUGCUCGCCGCGCUGCUCCACGUGUUCAACGCUUCCGGGAGCUACCCCCAGUAUUGGGGCAAGUUCAUCCGGAACCGCGAGGUCGUGUCGUCCCGCGAGCUCAACAACGGGCCGCUCGAGUUCUUCUCCGCGAACGGCACUACCGCCACGAAGGAGCACGUUGCAAGCUUUCGGUUGGCGCUGCUCUUUCUCAGUGGCUGUCUUCUGCUGCGCGGCGGCGUCAGCGCGUCGACGAUCGCAGCUCUGCGGCCGGGAGAAAAAAUGUACGCCGCCAUUGCGGCCGGCGUGUUCUUUUUCUGGAGACUGCUCGCGUUUGGACACUGGGAAUUCAAUCAGUUCACUGGGCUAAACGGGAUGGUCUACACCCGACCGCGGGACGAGGAGUUGCCAGUCUCUCAAGCAGACUCCUCCUUCUUUCAGCUUCCGCCCGCGUCGGCGCUGGCAGAGGUCACCGUCAUUUUCGGUCUCGCACUCUACCUGGACAAAUCAGUGGCGAAGGCGCGGCGGUUCACCAGCGAGUUUGCACGAAAUGAAGGCGAAUUUUUGGCCGACGUGCUCACAAAAUUCAUGGCUGCCUGGGGUGCGUUGUUGGUGUCGAUUCUGUUCACACUCGUUGCAUUUGUGUUCGCGCGCUUCGCGGUAGCGUCGCAGGUAAGUAUUGUUUCCAAACGUACAGAAGAAAUCAGCUGGAUUUUCAUCUCUAUGGCUUAGUCAGUGGUACCGCCAUGAUGCCACUCAUACAGCUGUCGACCUAUUGGAAAAUGUCUUUUUGUGGUGGUGAGGUUCACUUUAUCGUCUUUUUAGUUAUUCUACGUGUAGUUGCGCAGCAGGCUCCCUAGAAAAGAAAACUCCACAGCCCACAUUGUCUCCCGCCGGUGUGAUCGAGCCCCCUUCAACUUUGGGCGUGCUACUGGAGCAGUGGAACGUAGUCGGUGCCGAAGUUGGUGAGGACGUGUUCGUGAUAUGCGGAUGCUUGAUUAUCAUCUUGCUGGUUCCGCAGGAAAUCAAGGGCCUUUCUGGCUUCAUUCCGGUGUCGCCCACUGGAGAACCGGACGCCACCGAAGACGUUGAAAUGGUAGAAGCCGUUGGUGUAGAGAUAGACGCGAUAAAAACGGGCCAAGUGUGGGCGGAGGAGCGCUUCGACGACGACGAGGAUGAUGAGCCCCCAAAUGUAGCCAGCGCGCCGCCCCGCCGGCUGGAGUAGAAUUAUUUUAUUAGCUGCAACGCGAAUCCGAGAUUGAAACCGGGCGCACGCCGCUUUGUUUUCAUUGCGCGUCGUUUUACAAAAAGUCGGCGCCUCUUGAUGGUGAUGAAGGCGACGUUGUUCGAGCGCCUUCUAUUAUGCUGCUGGCUCACGCUCAUAGGUGUUUCGUGCGUCGACGCGAUUCAGCC